AGAACACCACCUUUUACCAAGAGUUGCAAAAAACACAGCCUUAAAGGUUAAGGACUUAAAGGUGCUGACAACUGAAACUUUAUAAAACUUUUGAACAAUAGAAAAAUUUCUUGUACAACACAUCAUGCAGCUGGAGCCAUAAAAAGUUCAUGUCUUUUCUCUUCUUCUUCUUCUUCUUCUUCUUUCUCCAAAGCUCCAAAACCCUUUUCAAUUUCCCAGCUUCAUUAUGAAUUAUUCUCUGUGAAAUUACUGUUGCUGUGACGGAUAGAGGGAUAGGAAGUAUUGUAAGUCUUAGUACACCAUGUUGCCUUGGGUUGACGUAGGAUGAUAUUUAAAGAAGUGGAAAACAUGUGAAGCAUUUUCUCUAUUUAUGAUUCCUUCCUCGUUAUUUGGAUGUAGAAAUGAUAAAGAAUCAACUUGAAGCAUUUGCAUAAUGGGUUGUGGUUCAUCAAGGUUUGAUAACGAAGAAAGAGUACGGAUUUGUAAGGAAAGGAGGAGGACUCUGAAACAACUGUUAGGAUACAGGAAAGAAUUUGCCAGUGCCAUUUUAGCAUACUUGAAGGCAUUGAAAGACACUGGCAUAACCCUCCGACAAUACACUGAGUUAGAGUCACUGGAGUUUGAGAGUCAAGUGAGAUCUUCUCCACCUCUCACUCUUCCACCCGCCCCUCCACGCCCUCCUCCAAUUGAUAGUCCCGAUUCAAAGAAGCUUGAAGAUAAUCAAAAUGGCAAGAAAGCACAAGAAGAGAUCACUGAGGUUGGUGAGGGUAGUGAUUGCCCCCCUCCACUGUCUCUCCGCCUGUGGGAUCCCUGUGACUUACUUGAGAGUUCUUUGGGACAAGAUAAAGUAGAGAGUGUGUUGGUUGAAGAUAUGGAUGAAGAAAAUUGGGCUGAGGCAAAAACACAGUUCGAUGAAGAUGAUCAGGUGCAUGUUACAUCUGAUAAAACUUCUGAUGCUCUUAGAGCAAAUUCGCCAAAUGUUGAUGAUAAUUCGUCCUUGGUGACUGGAAAGAUGAAUCAUAUGGUAGAUAGACCCAUGGUGGUGUGGAGGAAGAGAAAGACAUUAUCGGGCAUAGUUAAGGAGCUUGAUGAUUACUUCUUGAAAGCAUCUGCAGGUGGGAAGGAGAUAGCAGUUUUAGUAGACAUGAGCACAAGUAAUAUUUCCUUGCAUCACGACUUGAAAGGAAAAAAGGGGAAGGAGAACAACUCUGCUCGAUUGAGUUCUUUGCCAUUGAACUUGUCAGCUAGAUCACUACAAGUGGCAAAGGAUGAUUUGGAGCCCAGCACCCCUACUGAAGUAACUGAACCCUGCAAGCCUGGAGCGCACUGCAUCACGCUUGAGAAAAUUUAUGCUGAAGAGCAGACACUCUACGCGGCAGUAAGGGAAGAGGAGAUGGUAAAAGUGGAGCAUAAGAGAAAAUCUUUAUCAUUACGAAAGCUAGAAGAUGAUAAUGGUGAAUUGGAUAAGAUAGAGAAAACGCGGUCUGCUGUCGAAAAUUUGCAAUCUGAUAUUGUCCGUUUGCAAGAGUCAGUAAAAAGGACAUCUGCAUCAAUAUUAACAAUCAUAGACAAGGAGUUGCAUCCUCAGCUUAUUGCGUUACUUACCGGGCUCAUUCAAAUGUGGAAAACAAUGAAUGAAUGCCAUCAAGUUCAGUUUCAAAUCUCCCAGCAGGUGCUACUUCUAAUUAGUCACAACACAGAACCAAUCACUGAAAAUCAUCGUGAAGCAGCUAUGCAGCUAGAGGGUGGGGUCAGCUUUUGGUACAAUAGUUUUUGUAGACUCACAAAGUCCCAAAGAGAUUACAUAGAAUCCCUGUGCAAGUGGAUUCAGCUUACUGACUGUGCUAUAGACGGUGAAAAUCAGAACUGCUGUCCUUCUGAGGUCCGCGCACUCUGCCAGAAUUGGCUGCUUGCCCUUGAUAGACUACCUGCUCAGGUUGUUUCAGAGGCCAUUAAAAGCUUUCUUAAGGUUAUACGAUCAAUAAGAUUGCAGCAACAGGAAGAAUUCAACCUGAAGAAAAAAGUUGACAAGUUGGAGAGGAAAUGGCUGAAGGAACUAGAGUCACUAAGUGAGAUUGAAAAAAAGCUUCAAGUAAGCAAUAGGUUUGCAGAUAUGGAAUCUGGUUUAAGCUUAAAGCAUCCAUUAUCUGUCAAACGUGCAAAAAUUGGGGACUUACAAAAGAUGCAUGAAAAUGAGAAGGCUAGGUAUUUGAGUUCAAUCCAGAUUAGCAGGGCCAUGACCUUAAGUAAACUGCAAAAAAGCCUCCCGCAUGUCUUUGAAAAACUGACAGAAUUUUCAAAUGCCUGCAAGCAGUUUUUCGAGACUGUUCUUAACCAUGCUGACCAAGUUUACAACGCUGAUGGCUAAAAUUUUGCAGGACUGAUUGCCCAAGGUCUGGUAAAAUUUGUGUGCUACUGUGAUUGGCAAUUCGGCUUUGUGUUCCUCUGAUACAUCUGCAAACUUUUCACUAAACACUGCUAUGAUAAAUUCAUUUUGCUGAUCUUCAUAAUUAAAAUUUCCACUUGCAGCUGUGACCAAUUGUAGAAUGUCCAUAAAUGGACUUGGAUAUGUUUGUUUUGGAACCCGAUAUAUGAAUUAAUAACUUAAUAUACUUCCUCUGUUUAAUAAUGUUGUUAACAUUUACUAUGUGAACAAGAAGGAAAAGGGAAAAGUGUAAAAAGGUGUGUGGGUGAAAUUAAGAAAAAUGUGGAGGAAGUAUGAUACACUAUGUACUUGAUAGUUGAUUGAAUCAAACUUAGGCGAUGUAAAGUUCCCUUAUUUUAUGA